ACAACCGCAUGUGAGUGUUUCCUAGUCACAAAUCUGUGUUUCUCUCUCUCUCUCUCUCUCUCUCUCUCUCCCUACGACAUGUCGGAAAGUCGUAACAGCUCUGAAAUUUCGGUCAACAUAUCGGGAAGAAGCCUCAGCGGGAUAUCGGAAGUGGAAGCGAUACGAGUGGGGGUGGAUCUCGUAUCGGGUGCCAGGCGAAAUAUCGGGUUCCUGAGGUCUGUGGCGGAGGCACAGUGGCUUCAUGAGAAAGCUACGGUUGUUGAAGCAAUAAGAAGGUACGAUGAGCUGUGGAUGCCGUUGGUUUCUGAUCUGACAAUGGUUGGGUCAUCGCCUCCUAUGGUUCUUCCUCCUCUUGAUGUUGAGUGGGUUUGGUUUUGUCACACUUUGAAUCCGGUGAGUUACCGGCAAUAUUGCGAGUUAAGGUUCUCAAAACUCGUCGGAAAACCGGCGAUUUUUGAUGAAGAGAACGAAGAGUAUGCAUUGAUGAGAUGCAAAGAAAUUUGGACACGUAAAUACCCAUCUGAGCCAUUCGAAAAUGAAACCGAUUCGGAUAUGCCGAUCCCAGUUGCCACAAACGAACAACUUUUGGUGGACGUCACAGAGCAUAGAUUCUUGUAUUCCAAGUUUUCAGAGGCAUAUAGGUCAGAGAUUGUGUACCUAAUUGCGGCGAGGCAAAGGUACAAGGGUUUUUUGUGUUUGGUGCAGAGAUUUUCCGAUGAGUGUUCUCGUUCGGUGCCUGCCUCAGAUGUUCUACUCAUGUGGUUGACACAUCAGACCUACCCAACAGUAUUCGCAGAGGACUUGAAGGAGAUGGAGGGUGAUAUGGGGAAGGUGGUGAGUGUGUGGGAAAGUGUGAAGGAAAAAGAGGUUAAAGAGACCAACAUGUUGUGGGAGAGGACAUAUGAUCAGCCUUAUGAGAAAGCUGGUGGAGAAGUCUUAGAAUCGGAUAAAAUUGGCCCAGUCAAGCAGCAGCCAAUUCACUGGGAGGUAUCAAACACAGAUGUUAACACCAAGUACAAGUCCAUGCUACCAAGGUUCUUACUUGAGGUAUGUGUGUUCCUAAAGCUCAACUCUAGGAUGAAGCCUGCGCAACAGGAUGUUACAUGUGAAUUCCUCCGUCUUAGCAUGUUAAGAUGUCACAGGGAGUUGAAGCUUGAUAAAUCCAUCUCGGACUUCCGCUAUGAUUCUUGGCAUAAAGCUUGGAAGCUCUAUUGUGAGUUUGGAACAAAGGGAGUCGUAAUUGAGCUUCGUCGUGAAGGUGGCCACUGUUUCAAAGGAAGUAGCCUGCAAGCAACUGUUACAUUCCAUUGGAAUGACUUGCUAAGAGCACAUUCUUUAACUUUGGAAAGAGAAGUUGCUCAACAAGCAAGAAUCGUCGCUUCAAUAACUCCACCGGUUCAAGCACCUUACUUGUUGAAAUGUGUACCUGACCGAGUGACAGAUAAUUCAGGGGCCAUGAUAUCAGAUGUGAUUCUGAGAAUGAAUAGGUAUCGGCCUCAAGAAGGUCGUUGGUUGUCUCGGACUGUUCUUGAUCAUGCAGGGAGAGAGUGUUUUGUCGUUCGAAUGAGGGUGGGAGGAGGGUUUUGGAGAAGAGGAGGUGAAACUCCCACAGCUGUGAAAUGGGAUGAUAGGAUUAUAGAGAUACGAGAAGGUUCAUGGUCUUAUGUUGCUGGUCCCAUUGGGAGAGCCCCAGAGAAAGUGGUUGGAACGGCAACACCAAAAGAACCACCAGAACAAUGGAAAGCUGCAUGGAAAUUUUCAACAGGAGAUGAACUUAUGAUAGGGUGGGAAUCAUCAACAUCUCUAUCCAGCCUGAGUUUUUGUCUGGGAAAUCAAAUGUCUCCAGAACCAUCGGUGAAGCUAUUGAAAGGGCGAAAAAUGCAGUAUCAAGUAAAGAACAUUAAGUCAGAGAACAAGAAGGAAGAAGAAGGGAAAGAGGAGGAGGAUGAAGAAGAGGAGGGUUUUGUAACGCUUGUUAGGUUCACAGAGGAGAACCCAAUUGGAAGAGCAACAGCUCUUCUAAACUGGAAGCUUUUGGUAGUUGAAUUGUUGCCUGAAGAGGACGCAGUAAUGGUCCUUCUUUUAUGCAUUUCGAUACUCAGAAGUGUAUCAAUGAUGAAAAAGGAAGAUGUGGGGUGCUUGCUAACUAGGAGAAGAUUAAAGGAAGCAAAGCUUGGAGCAAGAGAUUGGGGUUCUGUAAUACUUCAUCCUUCUUCAUGUUCAUCUUCUAUUUCUUCACCUUAUCUUCAACCUUGGUGUUGGAAUGCCAAGGCAGUGAUGGGAUCAGAUGGAGCAGAUCAUAUCACAAGGCAACCGGCUUUUAAUUACUCACCAGUGGAAGGCAGUGAUGAUUUGUACAAGCGAGGGAUUAUAACAUGACAAGACCAACUGUUUUUUUUACAAGUAAUUUUAAAAUUAAUGCAUGGAUAUAUGGUUGGUAUACAGAAUCUAGUUCAUUAAUUCCUUCUUGCUUAGGAUCUAGGAAGCAUGUGCUCCUCCCAUGAGAACAAAGAGACUUUUUAAGCAUAAGAUUUACAUGCAAUUUGUUAGUUA